GACAGUAUCUGGCAGCGCAGACACACAGAGACCGAGUUCCAGGCCUUCGGCGCAGCCGCUCUGAGCCUUUCGCAGCACUGUUUGAUGGAAGGACACGAAGCAAGUCAAAAUCACGAACACAUGACAACCAUCGAGGCUCACGCGGUUGCGCAGCAGGUCCAACAGGUGCAUGUGGCCACGUACACGGACCACACGGUCCUAAGUGGAGAGGAUGACUCACCCUCGUCACCUGAAGAGACUUCCUUUGAUGAUUCUGACAUCCUAAAUUCAACCAUCACAGAUGAGGUUACGGCCCAUCUUGCUGCAGCAGGUCCAGUGGGAAUGGCGGCAGCUGCUGCUGUGGCAACGGGCAAGAAACGGAAGCGCCCCCAUGCCUUUGAGUCCAACCCGUCAAUACGCAAAAGGCAGCAGACGCGUUUGCUACGAAAACUACGAGCCACUUUGGAUGAAUACACAACCAGAGUUGGGCAGCAGGCAAUUGUGCUCUGUAUCUCACCUUCCAAACCAAACCCGGUUUUUAAAGUGUUUGGAGCUGCUCCUCUUGAGAAUGUGGUACGCAAGUACAAAAGUAUGAUCCUGGAAGACUUGGAGUCAGCACUGGCAGAGCAUGCUCCCACACCUCAGGAGGUUAAUUCUGACCUUCCACCGCUCACCAUCGAUGGAAUCCCAGUCUCUGUAGACAAAAUGACACAGGCACAACUCCGAGCUUUUAUUCCAGAAAUGCUUAAGUACUCAACAGGGCGUGGAAAACCUGGCUGGGGGAAGGAGAGCUGCCGGCCUGUGUGGUGGCCCGAUGACAUUCCAUGGGCCAAUGUUCGCAGUGAUGUGCGUUCAGAGGAACAGAAACAGCGGGUAUCCUGGACGCAAGCACUGAGGACAAUAGUUAAGAACUGUUACAAACAACAUGGGAGAGAGGAUUUGUUGUAUGCUUUUGAAGAUCAGCAGACUCAGCCACAGACACACAUUGCCCAUCUUGUCCCUUCUCAGACAGUGGUACAGACAAUCAGUAACCCAGACGGGACAGUCUCCCUUAUACAGGUUGGCACGGGUGCAACAGUUGCGACUCUGGCUGAUGCUUCUGAGCUCCCGGGAACGGUAACUGUUGCUCAGGUGAAUUAUUCCACAGUACAAGAUGGAGAGGUCGAGCAGAAUUGGGCUACGUUGCAAGGUGGAGAAAUGGCUAUCCAGACGACCCAGGCUUCUGAAGCCACCCAGGCUGUGGCCUCUCUGGCAGAGGCUGCAGUAGCUGCAUCCCAAGAGAUGCAGCAAGGGGCCACCGUUACCAUGGCACUGAACAGUGAGGCUGCUGCUCAUGCUGUUGCCACGCUUGCAGAAGCUACCCUUCAGGGCGGAGGCCAAAUUGUGCUAUCGGGAGAGACUGCUGCUGCUGUAGGUGCGCUGACUGGGGUUCAGGAUGCUAAUGGCCUGGUGCAAAUCCCAGUGAGCAUGUACCAGACCGUUGUGACCAGCUUGGCCCAAGGUAACAGGCCCGUGCAGGUUGCAAUGGCCCCUGUCACCACUCGAAUGACAGAAAUUCAGUCAUCUGGAGUAACAGUGGAAGGACAAGCGGUGGAGGUGGUGACACUGGAACAGUGAGGACAUACCAGUGACAAAGCAACUUUACUUCAGAAGUCCAGCUUUGGAGUCCUGCAAUCAGGUGUCUUGUGCGUUAACAGGUGGCCAUGAAAGUAAAAGUAGGCCAUACCCCUUGUGGCUUUAGUGUUUGAGAGAGAAAGAUAACGGAAGGACCUCUUGUCUCUUAUAUUACCUUCAAAGAGAUUUCAAGCUCUUGUAUUUACUGUUUUAUAUUGGGUGGGUGGGUCAGGAGAAGGAAAAAGAAAAUCAAACCUAUUUGUAUACGUUUCUCUGUAUUUAUGCACAAAGUGUUUGUGUCUUUGACUGAAGAUGGCGGAGUGGUCUUGUUUAUUAGUGAUCUCGAUUCGGAACUUUCUAAUUGUGGUUCCAGAGGUUUGGAUUGACAUGGGUGGGUGGGGCUAGGGGCAGAUCUCUGCAUUUUCCAUCUCAAUAAAAGUUGGCACAGAACCAGAACAUCGAUCCUUUUAAAUGCCAAUCUCUGGUUGGUGUACAGAUUUUUACUUUAUUGCUAUUUCACUUGUUUUAAAUAUUCAAGUUAAUGCAGUAAGUUUUAUAUCCCUGGUCUCCACUGUGUUCAACUUUACAGCGUGGGAGGGGAUUAAUCACCUGAGUUCUCUCUUCCAAUCACUGCCCAGUAACCCCUGUUUGAAUGUUUAUGUGUAUAUACAUAUGUGUGUCUAUUGUACAUAUAUACAUGUGCUACCACAUGCAGGCUGCUCAGGCUCUGGGGUCCCCCCACUAUCACCUUCAGUCUUUGGGCCCAGAAUGGCCACUUCUGUGAGAUACCAGAUGGUUGAAAACACCAACCAGAGCCUUUGGGAAAAGAGAAAGGUUAAAAGCUGGUUGGAAUUUAAGGGGAAUGUGAAGAUAAGCAGGACCCACACAAAGGGACAAAGCAAACUAGAUCAGCAAACUAUCAAGUGCACCAGGAAUUAUUUUUAAUAGUUUUAAUUUUACGUAAAUUUUAUUUAUUUCUUGUCAAUUCCAAUGGAUAUAAAACCCAAGUUCCAGCGAGCUCUUUACCGACAAAGGAAAGCUGCUGCAGUAAAUAUUGAGCACAAAGGUACCACUUUGUGGGCUUUGGACAUUGCCAAGGACUUGGGCUUCAGGCACAGGAGAGAGGGACAUAUGCGCUGUGACUGUCUCAAGACUCCAGUCUACUUACUCCCACUGUUAGACCAAGUCCAUGUAAUGAACGGUCACAAAAUAAUUGUUUGGAAUUGGAUUAAAACCACUAAAUGAAUAAGAAUAGGGAUACAACUACAAUUUGCAUUUAUAUAGUGUCUUUGACAUAGUAAAAUAUCCCAAGGAAGGGAGAGUAGGCAGUUUAUCUAUAAUGAAGGUUUGUGGACCUGUCUGAGCAGAAUGCUUGCUUCUUGUACCCCUAUUUUGGAAAAUGGGGCUGGAUUCCAUAUGAUUCAAUAUGCAGAACAAAAUUGUCCUAUCCUGUAGUUAGCCCACAUAUCCAUGUGAAUUAAUAUAAAACAUAUUUUAGGUUUCCAUUGAUGCACAUUAGUCAAACUGCAUGAAUGGUAAGCUAUUCAAGGUCCCAGUAUUGUGGUCUGCACCUUGUUCCUGGUGUUUUUCUGAAAGACUUUUAGUUGUGGAAUUUAUUUUCUUAGUGAGUAGACAGACUCAAAUAAAUAAAAUUAGAAGUGGAGCUAAGAGUAAAAUUCAGACUUCAUUUGGCAUUGUUCACGAGACCUCGUCAAAUGAGGGACAAUGGAUUAUAUGAGUGACUGGGGCAAGUGAAAACAAAGAUAUGAUGAUCUUGUUGCACGUUGUAGAUUCUAUCGUCCAUACCUGGUGAUGCAUGAGAGGUAUUGUGGCACAGUGAUUAAUUCUCCUUGGUAGUUAUGGGAAAGUGAAGAGAGCUUAAUAAAGUCAAACUACUGUGGGGCUGGAUGUUAUUUAAGCUGCUUUGGUAUUCCUUGUCAUUGACCUUGGUCUUCAAAUCAGACCAGGAAACUGCACUGCAAUGUUGUCACUGGCGUUACUUAAUGCUUGUCCCUGUGUUCUAUCAGGAAAAAAAAUUGCACUUAAGCCGAAGUGCCAAUUUGCUUUAUGUGCACUACAUUAUUUCAUCAGUCCUUGUAGCAAUGAUAGAAGUGUGCCACAUAGUGCUUCACCUUAGUGUUAAGAACGCCUCUCCAGUCCUGAAUUUGGAAGGAUAGAUAAUCUGCAGUGAAAUAGCUAGAUUUUGGGUGUGGGACAUGUGGAGGUUUCCCACAAUCAUCAUCACACUUUAUUAAAAUUGUACUUGAUUUCCCAUCUCCUUCAUGAUGAUACUGUUCAAACCCUUGUAACUCGUGUACACAACUGAGGCAUGGGUCAGAUAGAAAUUCCAAUUUGUCCAACUUGAAAAAAAUCAGUGAUAAUAUGUGAUGAAGCACCAAUGAUGCAUGCUUCCACUGGUUGAAUCAUUAUGGCACAAAACUAUACCAUUGGGCACAUUGAGGCCAUGUCAAUACGAGUUAAAUUCCACAUAGAAGCUUGUUGACUUUGCGUUGUUGAUAGUGGGUGGGAUGAUUAGGAGAAAGAGCUUUGGGAGUAAGUUGGUCUCCACACAGAAUGUAUUCCAGUAACAGUGAAAAUUAAUCCUAUCCAGCAAGCUGGAAUGGAUUGAAAAUUACUCCUACAGAUUUUUGGAAAUGGAAGAAAUGUUAAUUUCUACUUGUUCCUUCAUAUUUUGCCUAAUUAGUGAAGUGGACCAAUGGAUACGGCAGAAGGUGGCCACAAUGGUCAGGUGACACAUUGCAAAGAUUGAAUCUUCAUAUAGAUACAAAUACUGUAUAUAUAAUAAAGAAAAAUUCUUUUAAUUGCUGAAAGUGGCUGCAGGUCGUAGAAGUACUGUGGUUUGUUCGCUACCAUAUUUAUUCCCCUUGGAUACUCUGAAAAUGUAUUUGAAUGAAGUAAUUUGCAUUUGAUUUUGUUUACUAUGUUGCUUUCUUUUUGUUUGGGAAAUGUGAUUUGCCAACUAAACACCGCCAGCUUUUUUUUGAGCUUGGCAAGCUCAUGGUGUGUAAUAAAGAUGUGAAUAAUCCUGGUAAGAUGGAGGCUGCUGGCCUUUGCCUCUUUUAUUGCAGUCACACAAUGUUCUUUGCAGUAGUGGUAUUGGCUAAGAAAUGUACAGCAAAACAGACACCCAGUCCUUGUUGAGAACUGGCUGAUCUAUUAAGCCAGGGCAGAUAACUUCAUUGGGAAUCAGACAACGUAGCCAAUGUUCAGCACAUUAACUCAAACCCUGAAAGUGCUGUACUUGUGCUCUCCUCAAGCUGACUGUCUCUCUUCUCUGUUCCUGUAUCUUCUAUACUUCCCUUCUGCAUGUUACCCCCUCUUCCCAUUCCAUUUGUAAAUCUCCAUUUCCAUCUUCCAUUUUUUUCCUUCCCAAAUGGUCUCAUCUCCAUUUUAUCAUUUCUUCUUACAACUGUACCUUAUCCAAUGCUGCUCUCCUCUCCAUCUCUUCUUCUAUCAUUGUUUAAACUCAAUUUAUCUGAGUAGGAGAUGUGUAGAUUUUAAACUUUGCUCAGCUUGCAUUGAAUUAUUUAAUGGGACUUAGCACCACUAUGUGCCCUCAUUUAUUUGGUCAAUGCACCAACCAGGAUAAAACCAGGUUUUAUUUCCUCAUCAGUGUGAACUUUGGCCUCAUUCUUCUAUAUACUGUAUUCCUCUGCCUGGAAUUGUCUCCCCAUUCUCCCUAUA